ACAGAAAAAGAAAAAUAGAAAAUAUGUAAGAAUAGCAAAGUGGGACCUCUGUCUUCCUGCACACCGUCGUAACAGUGCAUCCAAAUCCCCGUGUCCGAUUCCCAACGCAAAACCGUUUCCAACAAUCCAUAACUCAAUUUCUUCCCCCUCUCUCUCUCUUUCUGUCUAUAUCUCAUUAUGACCACCGCCAUUCGCCUGCGCCGGCUCGGUGCUGCCGCCGCGAUUGCCGCGGCGUCCGGCGGCGCGCUCCUCCUCAACCAGCCGUCGUUCUCCGUCAGCGACAGCGGCGGCGUCCCAGCCCUCUCCACCGUCCGGAAGAAGAUCGCCGAUCCGAACGCCGUCGUUCCGCCUAGGUCGGUCCAGGAGUCGGCUCUGAUCGGCGCUAGCUCCGCCAACCCGCUCGACAUUCUCGUUAUCGGUGGCGGUGCGACCGGAAGCGGAGUCGCCAUCGACGCCGUCACUAGAGGCCUACGCGUCGGCCUCGUCGAGCGCGAUGAUUUCUCCUCCGGAACGUCGUCGCGCUCUACGAAGCUAAUUCAUGGAGGAGUUCGGUACUUGGAGAAAGCCGUGUUUAAUUUGGACUACGGGCAGUUGAAACUGGUGUUUCAUGCUCUGGAGGAGCGUAAGCAGGUUAUUGAGAAUGCACCACACCUCUGCCAUGCUUUGCCUUGCAUGACACCAUGUUUUGACUGGUUUGAGGUAGUGUACUACUGGAUGGGCUUGAAAAUGUAUGAUUUAGUUGCCGGGGCGCGCCUGUUACAUUUGUCGAGAUAUUAUUCUGCACAAGAGUCCGUUGAGCUCUUCCCCACUCUUGCAAGGAAGGGCAAGGAUAGAAGCUUGAAAGGCACAGUGGUAUAUUAUGAUGGACAAAUGAAUGAUUCUCGGCUUAAUGUUGGUUUGGCUUGUACAGCUGCAUUAGCUGGUGCUGCUGUGCUUAACCAUGCAGAAGUAGUGUCAUUUUUGAAGGAUGAGGGUAGCGACCGGAUAAUUGGUGCAAGAAUCAGAGACAAUUUCACAGGAAAAGAGUUCGAUACGUAUGCAAAAGUUGUUGUUAAUGCUGCUGGACCAUUUUGUGACUCCGUAAGAAAAUUGGCUGACAAAGAGGCACGACCUAUUAUCUGUCCAAGUAGCGGCGUACAUAUUGUUCUCCCUGAUUAUUAUUCACCUGAGGGAAUGGGUUUAAUUGUCCCAAAAACCAAGGAUGGUCGUGUUGUUUUUAUGCUGCCAUGGUUGGGCCGAACUGUUGCUGGCACCACAGAUUCCAAUACUACUAUCACUCUACUUCCUGAACCACAUGAGGAUGAGAUUCAGUUUAUACUUGAUGCCAUUUGCGACUACCUCAAUGUUAAGGUACGGCGUGCUGAUGUUCUUUCUGCUUGGAGUGGUAUUCGCCCAUUGGCAAUGGAUCCAUCAACAAAAAACACUGAGAGCAUCUCCAGGGAUCAUGUUGUAUGUGAAGAUUAUCCUGGUUUAGUUACAAUCACUGGUGGAAAGUGGACAACUUACCGCAGCAUGGCAGAAGAUGCUGUUGAUGCAGCCAUAAAAUCUGGAAAACUGAACCCCACAAAUGAGUGUUUGACUCAAAAGCUGCGUAUUGUUGGUGGAGAGGGAUGGGACCCUGCAUCUUUCACAGUUCUGGCUCAACAAUAUAUACGCAUGAAGAAGAGUCAUCGUGGUAAAGUUGUUCCUGGGGUUAUGGACACCGCUGCAGCAAAGCAUUUGUCUCAUGCGUAUGGUACUAUGGCCGAAAAAGUUGCGAGUAUAGCUCAGAAUGAAAAUCUGGGGAAGCGACUUGCCCAUGGCUACCCCUUUUUAGAGGCUGAGGUAGCUUACUGUGCUCGAAAUGAGUACUGUGAAUCUGCUGUUGAUUUUAUUGCUAGAAGAUCUCGACUCGCUUUUCUUGACACAGAUGCAGCAUCCCGAGCAUUGCCGCGCAUAAUCGAAAUAUUGGCAACCGAACACAAAUGGGAUAAGUUGAGGAAGAAGCAAGAAGUAGAGAAGGCUAAACAAUUUUUGGAAACUUUCAAGUCCUCGAAAAAUGCUCAGUUCUAUGAUGGGAAACAUUAGUAACAAGUGAUUGUUCCCGCGGUCAACAGACAGUUUUCUCUCCUCUCGUCUAGAACUGGAAUCCGUUUCAAUCAAUGGCUUCAGUAACUACAUCUAAAAGGAGCUUGAUUGUUCACAGAUACCUUGUUUGACAACAAAUUUCUGGCGUUUACUUGAUUUGGUGUAAACCGUUCUUUUCCUCCUUUUAUUUGAGGACACAAGCUGAUUCGUUUAAUCGUUACAAACAUAAACAAUUCCAUAUAUCACGUGUUUAUAUAGUUUACACAAGGUACUAAACUAUUGUUCUCCAGCUCCUGUUACGCAGCUCUCUGCCAAAAUAAUUGUAAUUUUCGGUAAUCAUUGUUCCCAGAUGGUUCUGUUUUGCAAAUAUGUCCGUCUUUCUAUUUGCUGAGGCCAUUUCCAUUUGUCAUAGAUACGUUUAUCUUUCCCUUGAUUGAAAUUGAAUUCUCAAGAGCUUUUUUUUU